UCACCAACCGCAGUCUGCUCUUAUCCUUCCAUCGUUGAUGUUCUCGUAAUCCUGCAGGAGCAUAAGCAAGACUAAAGCAAAUGUGGGGUGGCAGAAGUAGCGCCUUCGGGCUGCUAGCAAGGACUUUGUUACUACUAAGUGUGUUCGCGAAUGUGUUUACGAGGGUCAUCGAUGACCUUCAGGUGUCUGCAGCGGAACCGCGACCAGUACUUGUGGAAGUACCUAAACACCCAGUGAUUCAAAGUCUUCCUCUAGUCUACGAAGUAGGAACACCCCUUUCGGAUGCCAGUGAAAAAGUUGAAAAAGUUUUGCGGACUCCGUUAGCCUUUUCUUACAAUAAGAAACCGCUAACUACGGAUUCUAAACCAGACGAAACCAUCGUCGAGUUCUAUGGCCAAAAGAGGUUGCUCGACGAUGACAAGAAAGGUGUAUUUAGUUAUGAGGAUACAGGUCUUGGUGCCGCUGGUACAACCAAAGAUUUGCAGGAUUAUGUACAGAAAGAGAACUACAGAGACGAAGGAGCACUUGCAGAAAAGGCCAAAGCCAUUGCCAUGGGUGUGAAGGAUGAGUUUCACGCUCUCGAAGAGCAUAAUGUAGGACAAUUAGAUGGCAACAAAAAACUUAACAAAGAUAGGAACCCCAAACUCAAAAAAAGGAGCGGCAAAAAGAAGAACGCUUCUGAUGAACCAGACAAGGCAGAUGACAUUGUACCUCUACUUCAUGAAAGUGCUACAGAAGAACAUGAAGAUUUUGAAGACGAUGAUAGUUUGUACCAACAUGGUGGACACGGUGGCGGUGGUCACGGCGGCGGUGGUCACGGCGGAGGACAUGGUGGUCACGGUGGUGGAGGUCACGGUGGACAUGGCGGAGGAGGUCACGGUGGACACGGUGGCGGUGGUCACGGAGGACACGGUGGCGGAGGUCAUGGCGGACAUGGUGGAGGAGGUCUUGGUGGCCAUGGCGGAGGUGGUCAUGGUGGUCAUGAUGAUGGUGGUCACGGCGGACAUGGUGGUGGCGGUCAUGGCGGACACGGCGGAGGUGGUCACGGAGGAGGUGGACACGGUGGACAUGAUGAUGGUGGUCAUGGUGGACACGGCGGUGGAGGACAUGGCGGUGGAGGCCAUGGAGGAGAUGGCCACGGUGACGGAGGGCAUGGUGGCGGUGGACAUGGCGGCGGCGGGCACGGUGGCGGUGGACAUGGCGGCGGUGGACAUGGCGGCGGAGGACACGGCGACGGAGGACAUGGUGGUGGAGGACAUGGUGGUGGCGGUCAUGGAGGAGGUGGCCACGGAGGAGGUGGUCACGGAGGCGGUGGUCACGGAGGCGGUGGUCACGGUGGAGGUGGUCAUGGAGGCGGUGGUCACGGAGGAGGUGGACACGGAGGAGGUGGACACGGAGGCGGUGGUCACGGUGGAGGUGGACACGGAGGCGGUGGUCACGGAGGAGGUGGACACGGUGGAGGUGGACACGGAGGCGGUAGUCACGGUGGAGGUGGACACGGAGGAGGUGGACACGGAGGAGGUGGUCACGGAGGAGGUGGUCACGGAGGAGGUGGUCACGGAGGCGGAGGCCACGGGGGAGGUGGCCAUGGAGGUGGUGGUGGCGGUGGAGGCCAAGGUAAAUUUGAAAAAGGUGGUGGCAAAAAACACACCUCAGAACACCAAGGUAGUCAUGGAGAAAAAGGCGACAAAGGAUACAAAGGACACCACCACUAUGAAAAAGGUGAAAAAGGUCAUCACGACAAAGAGGCACAUAAAGGAAAGUACAAAGAUGAAGGAGGUUCUAAAAAGAAACAUCAUGAGGAACAUGGACAUUUUGGUGAAUAUGCCAAGGGCGAAAAAGGCGAAAAAGGGGCAAAGUACUACGAAGAUGGCAAACACAGCAAAGGUCAUAGCACAAAAGGAGAACACAACGUGCACAAGAAGGACGAAUACGAAAAGAAACAAGAAUUUUACGACGAACAUCAUGAAGGAGGAGAACACGAGAAACACGGAUCAUUCCACGAUGACCAUAAAUAUAGCAAAGGAGGACACGAGAAAGGCGGCCACAAAAAGGGAGGACAUCAUGAAGACCAUUACGGCAAAAAAGGUCAUCACGAAAAGGGAAGUCAUCACCACGAAGAUAAAGGACAUAAACAUGCCGCAGGGCAUGACGUUCAUCAUGAUCAUACUGAUAAACACGCUAAAAAAGCAGACAAAUCUGGCGGAAAGAAAUGGCACUUCAAAAAGACCACCGGUAGCGGAGGCGGCGGUGGCGGUCAUGGUGGUGGCGGAGGAGGCCAUGGAGGCGGACACGGUGGUGGCGGAGGAGGCCAUGGAGGCGGACACGGUGGUGGCGGAGGAGGCCAUGGAGGCGGACACGGUGGUGGCGGAGGAGGCCACGGAGGCGGACACGGCGGCGGCGGCGGUCAUGGACAUGGAGGUGGUGGUGGUGGUCACGGAGGAGGUGGUCACGGCGGCCAUGGAGGAGGUGGUCACGGCGGUCAUGGAGGCGGUGGUCACGGCGGUCAUGGAGGUGGUGGUCACGGCGGUCAUGGAGGUCACGGAGGUGGCGGCCAUGGAGGCGGUGGUGGUCACGGAGGCGGCGGUCACGGAGGUGGUGGCCAUGGAGGUGGCGGUCACGGCGGUGGCGGUCAUGGAGGACAUGGAGGUGGCGGUCAUGGAGGUCAUGGCGGAGGUGGCCAUGGAGGACAUGGUGGGCAUGGAGGUGGAGGCCAUGGUGGCCACGGAGGUGGUGGACACGGCGGUCAUGGAGGCGGUGGCCAUGGUGGUCACGGAGGCGGUGGUCAUGGCGGUGAUGGCCACGACGGUGAUGAUGGUCAUGGAGGUCAUGGUGGUGGCGGCCAUGGUGGUCAUGGAGGCGGUGGUGGUGGCCACGGAGGCGGUGGCCAUGGGGGCCAUGGAGGCGGUGGUGGUGGCCAUGGAGGUCACGGAGGCGGUGGUGGUGGCCACGGAGGUCAUGGAGGCGGUGGUGGUGGCCAUGGAGGUCAUGGAGGCGGUGGUCAUGGAGGUCAUGGAGGCGGUGGCCAUGGAGGUCAUGGAGGCGGUGGUGGUGGCCAUGGAGGUCAUGGAGGAGGUGGUCAUGGUGGUCAUGGAGGAGGCGGCGGUCAUGGACAUGGUGGAGGGGGAGGAGGUCAUGGCGGUGGAGGACAUGGACAUGGAGGCGGAGGUAAAGGUAGCGGCGGUCACGGUUAUUUUGUUCAUGAAAAAGGUAAUGUCGGAGCAGGCGGAGGUCACUGGGGCGGUAAACAUGGCGGUGGAGGCGGAGGUGGUCACCACUCUGGUCAUCUGGAUGUGCUUGAUAGAAUUAUUGUUAGCGAAGUCGAUGAAGAAGACAGUCCAGUUGAAGUGCAACUGGAUGGUGGCAGCGACGGUUCUCUUACCGAUGCCGAUGUUCCUCUUACCGACACCGACGCCGAUCUUCCUCUUACCGAAGCCGAUGUUCCUCUUACCGAAGCCGAUGUUCCUCUUGCUGAAGGCGAUGUGGGCUUAGACGAGCUCGGACAUGAAAUAGCUAAAGACGCAUUAAGCCCAAUUGGCUCAAUAAUUGAUGGACUGGAAGAUGACGAAGCAACGAAGUAAUCUCAGAACCUAUGUGAUCAUCAGAAAUAAUAAUUGUUAUUGUUUGUUGUUUUUGUUAUUUUAAUAAUUAUUAUAUUGUUGAGAUAAAAAAUUUAUUAUAUUUUGUAAUAAAUAACGUGUAAAUAAAUUAUUAUAUGUAUCAUAAUUUACGUGAACAUGAUUGUUAAACGACCACGAGGAAAAUCAUUUAUUUUAAAAUCAUAAAAAUUUUGCUGUUAUUGUACUCGUAUCCAUUUUGACUUUUAUCAAAGACCUACAACGUUUUAUUUAACCCACAAUGAGGAGUUAAUGCGGAUGACGAAAGGGUUAAACACUUUAAGAUACCGAGUCGAAUAUUGUCAACAUUUUCUGAUAUGUAAGCAGGGAUUGUAAUAAAUAAACUUUAUUUCCAACAAGUA